AUGGUCCCCCAUGCACCAGGUGAGAUUGGGUUUGAGCCCACUUUCAAGGUGCUGCGCAAUGAGCCUGCGGGCCACUACCUGGAACAACGAGUGCCGUCCUUUUGUGAUCGCAUUUUGUUCCACUCUGCCCCGUCGCGGCGAAGUAAUGUGGCGGUGGUGGAGUAUCGCAAUGUGCCCAGUCUAAUGACGAGUGACCACAAGCCUGUGACAGCAACCUUUGCCUUGACGAUACCACGGCCAAUCAAGAAGGUGAAGAAACAGUUCCAUUCCGGUGACUACUACACCGUUGAAUUUAAGACGGUGUCCAUGGCUGUGGUUGAUGAGGUGGAUAUGGUGCUGGAUGUGGUGGGGGGUGCGGUGCGAGGCCUGUACAA